CCCACACUUUCGAUCUCGUCAUUCAACGUGCAGAUCUCGUAAUAGAGCCGACCCAGCCGACAGCCCGAAAACUUUUAUGCUUCUCAAUGUAGUUGAAUGCUGAGAGAUACCCCCUUGCUGAAUGGUAUGGGUUCAAACAAGUCUUCACGAUCGCGGUUCGGUUGCCGCACAUGUCGCGCCCGCAAAGUCAAGUGUGAUGAACGACCAGGCGAAUGUGGCAACUGUGCUCGGUUGCGACUGGUCUGCUCGGGUUAUUCCACGCCGCCGAGGUCGCAUGCAUCGGAGAGUGCGAUCGAUCAGUUGGACCGCUCGAAAAGGAAGCGAACGUAUCGUUCUUGUGCCGCUUGUCGUGUAUCGAAAACGAAAUGCUCAGGCGAGAGACCAACGUGUCAACGAUGCCAGGAUAAGAAUUUACAAUGUGUCUUCGCUGAGGCUUCGCAGCCUACUUGGGUGCGGAGGGUUAAUGUGAUAUCAACACAUAGUCAGAAGUCGCCAUCCUUAGAGCCGCCGGUUGAUGGGUCUCCUAGUUAUACCCCUGCGCGGCAGGAUGUACGGAGAUUAUUGGAAACUCCGCCAAUCUCACAGCAGCCCUUUUCGAUAGUUGAACCUACAUUUACUGAGACUUCAUCAUCCCCCUUAGACUGGCUGUCUUCACGGCAUCUACCCAACCCGUCACGGACGAGGGUGCUAGUCGAGGAAUACUUUAACAAUGUUCAUCCGCUACGCGCUUUUGCUUUUAUGCAUAAGCCCUUAUUUCUACAAAGGCUAGAUGGGGAACUUGCGAAGAGCGGUAACAAUCAUGCUUUGCUGCAUAUUGUCUGUGCAUUGGGAGCUCAAUUCUUUGCCCUCACAUACAGUGAGACUAUAGCUCCUCUGGAAUCGAAGUUCGUUCUCCAUGCAGGGGCUGAAUGGGCCAAGAUUGCGCAACGUAUCAUCCUGGAGGCCUUAGAUUCUGUCACUAUCGAAAACCUAAUGGCAGCUGUCCUUCUCCAUGAUUAUGCCGUUCGCUUAGGAAACUUCUCGAACGCAUUUAUGUUAAGUGGAAUCACCACGAGGAUGACACAAGCUUUGCAAAUCAAUCUGGAAUACAACACAGACAUACUGUGUCAAGAAGCUGAAUCCAAUCUUCCAGUGACCGCAAGAGAGUCUCGCCGUCGGCUGAUGUGGAGUUGCUAUAUCAUGGACGCUCUCGUCGGCAGCGGAGUUGACCAACUCACACUGAUGGACGAGAGGGACAUCAAAAUUCAGCUUCCAUGCAACGAGCGAAACUUCACCCAACAAGUUCCAUGCCUUACUGAAACCUUGAAUCCUGGAAAUCGACUCAAACUUCUUCCCGGAGAUCCAGAUAAUAAGUCUCUGUCGCCCAACAUGGGAAUAAUGGCAUAUUUCAUUCGACAUAUCGCACUUCGUAAGAGGGUUCUACGAUACAUCAAACACCUAGGAGAUGCCAUGGUGCCAUGGUCCCCAGAAUCCGAAUUCGCCCUCUUGGAUGCAGACUGCCGAGCAUGGUACGAAUCCCUCCCAGCCAGUCUUCAGUUUACACCAGAUGCAAUCUACAUUCGCAAAGACACAUCCCAACUAGGCGCUCUGAGCACCAGCUCUCUACAAACUCCGAGCAGCCUUCGACUUCCCCCAGAACAGCACGACUUUCUUCAACAUCUGCAGCAGGUUCUGUUUGAUGCUGCUCGCGCUUUGGCUACUAUCGUUGGUCAGACGGCGCACCAUGGUCCUCGGAUGCUGGCGGAUUCUUGGCUUCCUACUAUCACCUAUGAUAGUUGUCGGAUUAUUGUUUAUCACCUUACUCAGAUUCUUGAUCCCCGAGAGGAGAGUACAAAGGCGCUUAUUUUGGCGACUAUCCCUUUGUUGCGGAGUAAUAUUGCGGCCCUUAAAUCUAUGGGUUCUCUAAAUGCGAUUGCUAACACGCUGGGUUGCGCAGCAGAGACAAUGCUGGACAGAUCUGGUAUCGAGUCCGAGGUGGUAACACACAACAUUAUCCCUGACGAUCCAUACCACCCAGACGAAGAAGAGGACACAAGCGAAAGCAUAUCAGGAACACCGGCCCAAAGCGCCCCAGACUACGUCUUAAACCCACUAACAAUCUUCCGCAUGGCCCGCAAAACAAUACCCGAACGCCACGCCCCCGAAAAAUCCGGCACAUCCUCCGACCCGAACAGCGUCCGCUCAGACCCGCAUGCCGAUAUCGAGCGGUCUUCAGCGCGGGUCAGUGACGGGAGACUGUUAGGUGGGAAUGAGCUUGAUGCUGGGCAGGCGAGUCUCGAGGAGUUACAGACGCUUUUUAUGUCUGAUUUGGGUUGGGCGUGGCAGCCUGCUGAUACGGCUGUCGGAUCUGGGAUUGAUGGCGCCGGGCUUUUGCCUUGGGCUGGUGGGUAUCCUGUUAUGCAGACGGAGCCUUGGUUACCUGUUUUUCCGUUUCCGCAGCAGGGGUGA